CGGAGCCGCCCCAGGGCCGCCGGCAAACAGAGUCCCUUUCAAGUUUUCCGCUGGGGCCGCCUGGCGGGGGCUGCGAGCGCAGUCGCUGCGGACUUGUUUGGAGCGCGAUUUGAACGCCCGGCGCCACCUCAGCUGCCCCAGCCCGUGGGGUGGGGGGCGUCUGUCCUUUGCAGUUGGGAGUAUUUAAAUUGGACGUUUUGGGGGGCCUCUGGCGUAAGCAUCACCUGGUCGCCCUCCUGAAAGACGCCCGUGCCUUGGUUUCCAACCGCCACUAGAAAACUGGGAACUGAGACCGAAGCCCCCUCUAAACCCCUUUCUGAGAGCCGUGCGGGGAGACUCAGGCCGGCAGGCUACCUACCCGUAACUGCGUAUUGUUGAUUUAGCAGUUUCCCUAGAUGAGAGUCAGGCUGGAGCUUGGGGGGGUGGGGAGUGGCUCGCUCUGCAGCUGUCACCCCCCUCCCAGAACGGAAAUUGUCCUCUCCUUGGGGAGGAGGGAGAGGGGGUGACGGUUUGAUUUUUGCCCUGGGAAGAGAUGGGAACAGCUGAGGGAGGUUGGCCUCUGAGUUCCCAGCCAGCCCCCGGAACUUGGGUAGAACCCCCCUACCCCUCAUCCUCGCAGGAGCUGGGUCUCUCCCAGGGACGUCCCUAGUCAGCCUUGGCCUCCCUCUCCAUGCCACCUCCCUUUCCAAGAGUGAAGACAUUUCCACCUGGACACCUGACCAUGUGCCUGCCCUGAGCAGCGAGGCCCACCAGGCAUCUCUGUUGUGGGCAGCAGGGCCAGGUCCUGGUCUGUGGACCCUUGGCAGUUGGCAGGCUCCCUCUUCAGCAGGGUCUGGGCCUCGGCCCCACCAUGUCGAGCCUCGGCGGUGGCUCCCAGGACACCGGCGGCAGUAGCAGCAGCAACACCAAUGCCAGCGGUGGCAGUGGCAGCAGUGGCCCAAAGGCAGGAGCAGCAGACAAGAGUGCAGCAGUGGCUGCCGCUGCACCAGCCUCCGUGGCAGAUGAUGCACCACCCCCCGAGCGUCGAAACAAGAGUGGUAUCAUCAGCGAGCCCCUCAACAAGAGCCUGCGCCGCUCCCGCCCACUCUCCCACUACUCUUCUUUUGGCAGCAGUGGUGGCAGUGGCAGUGGCAGUGGCAGCAUGAUGGGCGGGGAGUCUGCUGACAAGGCCACUGCAGCUGCAGCUGCUGCCUCCCUGUUGGCCAAUGGGCAUGACCUGGCAGCGGCCAUGGCAGUGGACAAAAGCAACCCUACCUCAAAGCACAAAAGUGGUGCUGUGGCCAGCCUGCUGAGCAAGGCAGAGCGGGCCACGGAGCUGGCAGCUGAGGGACAGCUGACGCUGCAGCAGUUUGCGCAGUCCACGGAGAUGCUGAAGCGCGUGGUGCAGGAGCACCUCCCGUUGAUGAGCGAGGCGGGUGCUGGCCUGCCUGACAUGGAGGCUGUGGCAGGUGCCGAAGCCCUCAAUGGCCAGUCCGACUUCCCCUACCUGGGCGCUUUCCCCAUCAACCCAGGCCUCUUCAUUAUGACCCCGGCAGGUGUGUUCCUGGCCGAGAGCGCGCUGCACAUGGCGGGCCUGGCCGAGUACCCCAUGCAGGGAGAGCUGGCUUCUGCCAUCAGCUCCGGCAAGAAGAAGCGGAAACGCUGCGGCAUGUGCGCGCCCUGCCGGCGGCGCAUCAACUGCGAGCAGUGCAGCAGUUGUAGGAACCGAAAGACUGGCCAUCAGAUUUGCAAAUUCAGAAAAUGUGAGGAACUCAAAAAGAAGCCUUCCGCUGCUCUGGAGAAGGUGAUGCUUCCGACAGGAGCCGCCUUCCGGUGGUUUCAGUGACGGCGGCGGAACCCAAAGCUGCCCUCUCCGUGCAAUGUCACUGCUCGUGUGGUCUCCAGCAAGGGAUUCGGGCGAAGACAAACGGAUGCACCCGUCUUUAGAACCAAAAAUAUUCUCUCACAGAUUUCAUUCCUGUUUUUAUAUAUAUAUUUUUUGUUGUCGUUUUAACAUCUCCACGUCCCUAGUAUAAAAAGAAAAAGAAAAGAAAAAAAUUUUUAACUGCUUUUUCGGAAGAACAACAACAAAAAAGAGGUAAAGACGAAUCUAUAAAGUACCGAGACUUCCUGGGCAAAGAAUGGACAAUCAGUUUCCUUCCUGUGUCGAUGUCGAUGUUGUCUGUGCAGGAGAUGCAGUUUUUGUGUAGAGAAUGUAAAUUUUCUGUAACCUUUUGAAAUCUAGUUACUAAUAAGCACUACUGUAAUUUAGCACAGUUUAACUCCACCCUCAUUUAAACUUCCUUUGAUUCUUUCCGACCAUGAAAUAGUGCAUAGUUUGCCUGGAGAAUCCACUCACGUUCAUAAAGAGAAUGUUGAUGGCGCCGUGUAGAAGCCCCUCUGUAUCCAUCCACGCGUGCAGAGCUGCCAGCAGGGAGCUCGCAGAAGGGGAGGGAGCACCAGGCCGGCUGAGCUGCACCCACAGUCCCCAGACUGGGAUCCCCUACCCCAACAGUGAUGAUUUUGGAAAAAAAAAAAAUGAAAGUUCUGUUCGUUUAUCCUUUGCGAUCUGGGGAGCCCCGUCUCGAUAUUUCCAAUCCUGGCUACUUUUCUUAGAGAAAAUAAGUCCUUUUUUUCUGGCCUCUCUAAUGGCAACAGAAGAAAGGGCUUCUUUGCGUGGUCCCCUGCCGGUGGGGGUGGGUGCCCAGGGGGCCCCCUGCGGCCUGGGCCCCCCUGCCCACGGCCAGCUUCCUGCUGAUGAACAUGCUGUUUGUAUUGUUUUAGGAAACCAGGCUGUUUUGUGAAUAAAACGAAUGCAUGUUUGUGUCACGAA